AGACGCUUUCUCCACAAAAUUAUCUUCUUCACAGGACGCACGCUUUUCUUUGACGACUCCGCAUUCCGCAUGUCAUUUUCUUUCUGAGAGGAGAAAACAAUCAAACAUGAUCAAAGCGCUCUCUUUGCUGCUCCUCCAAGUUGCCUUCCUCUUCACGCUCUCAGAAGCCAAAUCAAGCAUCAUACAGCCUGAACCGGCCAAAGACUUCAAUAUCAGCCAGAUACAGAAAGCGGGGAAAUGUUCUUAUACGGCGAUUAUAACCACAAGCUGCUCCUCAACGAGAUACACAAGGGACCAGAUCAGUAUCUCCUUUGGGGAUGCUUAUGGCAACCAGAUUUAUGCACCGCGACUGGACGAUCCGUCUUCAAAAACAUUCGAACGGUGUUCUACAGACACAUUCGAGAUAUACGGACCCUGUGCAUACCAAAUCUGUUAUCUGUAUGUCUACAGAACGGGACCGGAUGGUUGGAAACCUGAGAAUGUGAAAAUCUAUGGCCACAAUUCCAGGGCUGUUACCUUUUCCUACAACACCUUCAUUCCCAGUGAUCUUUGGUACGGCUUUAACUUGUGCAACACUGCCUCCUCUUCUGCCCAGCCAUCUGCUCAGAAAUGGCUUAUAUAUCUCAUUGUUGGGCUUCUUGUUUUUCUUCAAUUGUAAUCUUAGUAUUUUCCCUAUGCUCCUAGCCUCUUACAUAGUUAUACAUUUAUGUCAGUGUUUAGAAAAAAACAGAAGGUUGUAUUUUUCUUACGGAUUGGGCUAUAUAUGAAUCCCCUUCUUUAUACAUUA